GCUCAAUCAAUCCAUUGCAAUAGUCUAAUUUCAACCAAUUCACAGAAACGCUUUACUUUACGUACUAAAACCCUUGGUAUUCUUUUCGCUGAACGCGUAAAACCCUUCCAACCCAACAAGAAAACGGCUGCAGCAAGAAAACGAAUGCACUUACGCUAUACGGCUUUCGCGCCAGCGAGCUCACCCGUUGCUUGUUGCUAACGCGCCCUUUCAUAGUCAAAUUCUUUCGCGGUCCAAAGUCAAGUCUCAUGCAUUGCUUGUUGGUACGGGGAACUAAGGGACAAAGGGGCCAGUUUCCAUAGACCAGUGAGUAGAGCUGACUCGAUUGUGACCAUGGCGAAAGUCACUUCCAGAGAUGUUCAAGAGAUUGUCGAAAAACUCUCAUCCGAUAAAGUCAAAGCUCGCGAAGAAGGGAUUAAGUUGCUAAACACUUGGUUAGAAGGAGAAAGGUCAUAUAGCUUCUGUAAAUUUAUUGGACUGAAUACUGCAAAGCUUAGACCAGAUGAAAUUCCUCACACUGAAACAUGGCCUUUUCUUGUUUCUUUACUUAUUAAAUCUGCAUCAGCAGAAAUAUCCUCAAGUAAGCGGAAAAAUCCAAAAGUGAUAUAUGCAAAGACUCUUAGAAUUGCUGUUCAACGUGCGGAGGAUGCCAAGUGUUCAGGAAAAUUUUUACCGUUGUCAUCUGUAGUUAAACUGCUUUUUAAUCAUGUUUGGGAUGUCCUGAGCAAUGUUCUAAGCUUUCAGUCUGAAUAUGGCGUUAUUCUUCGGCAUCUAUUGUCUGUUAGGGAUUAUAGUUUCCAGAUGAGGAGGCGUGUUUACUGCAAUCUGGUGUUUCUGUUCAUUGAGAAAGUUGAAAUAAGCUUGAGUGGAAAAAAUAUUGGCAAUAGUUCCAAGGAGGAGGUCUUCCGUUAUAUCUUGACACUUCAUUCUCUUCUAAAAUUUCCCCCUGGAGACUACCCUGAUAAUGUUAGAGAAAGCAUUGUUAAGGGUUUUGUUAGAAUAUGUUCAUUCAUCAGGGAUGAGAGCAAGAUGGCACGUAAACUUGUUGAGUGUAUAAAUACAUAUUUAUUGAAUGAUGGUCCAAAUUUAGGCAUAGAGUUGCUCGAAAUUCAUAAUGCCCUGCAGCAGUUUGUGUUCCACUGUUGGCUGGCGACACAUGAUCGAGUUCUUAAGGAUUCACUUAUUUUUUAUGCAAGGCUACAGUUGAGUUUAAUGAGAGGUGCUGCUGAUAGGUGUUUAUUGGUAGAGCAGCUUUUGGAUGUGAUUUGUAAGGAUCUUGAUCAAGGUAGCUUGUUUGGUACUUCCAUGCUGCGGGGUGAUGGAAAUAAAGAUGAUAAAUUAGGAGUUCUAAGUAGCUCACAAUGUGGAUUGGUGGAACUUGCAGCAGUUGUAUUUUAUAGGGCAUGCCUCAAUACAACCAGAUCCUCAUUGAGUGAAAAACGGGUUAAGAGGGAGCCUGCUGCUGUGAUCCUGAGGGAGGCACUCAUGAAAGGCAAAUGGCUAUGGAAUGCUGCAUUUUGUUCCUUGACACGCAACUUCCAUACUCGCAUUUGCAAAGAUCUGUUUAUCUACUGGUUUGAAGGCAUAUGUAUGAGCUUUGAAAGAAUCAUGAAUUCUUCGAAUGUUGAUCGUAUCUAUGAUGGUUUGCUGUGGACUCUGAGGAGUUUGGUGGAACUUUCUUCAGUUCUGUUGCUGCCAAAUUCAAGGAUGGAGAUAUCUGCAGUGUCAUCUUCUGCCUUUAAUGAGUUCAUUAAUGGUUGGCAACUACUGUGGAGCACAAUUGUGCAUGGGUUACCGAUUAUUAGCAAUAUUAAUGCUCUUGUGGAUGCUGCUUUGCUGCUGCUUAGUAAUAUAACAUCAAAUGAUUUUGUGAAUACAAGUGUGAUACCUCAAGAUGUGUGGGAUCUUCAGAUUUUCAAACGUCCAAAUUCAAUAUCCAUCUUGUAUUUCUUUUCAUGCUACUUUUCACGAAAAAAUUCCCAUUCUGAACCCCAAGAUAUGUUACAUAUGAGGAAAAGCCUUUUAAGAGCAACUUUGUGCCAUCUUAAUUGGAAGGGUUGUUCUAUGUUGAAUGAGCAGAUGACUUUUCUCAUUCCUAGUGCUAUAUAUGCACUUUGUAUAGGUUUUGUUCCUUUUACACAAUGCUUUAAAGAAGUUCCUUUGGCUCACAAUUAUUUUGAUGUCACUGAUGCUCAAGAUGAUUCUCAUAAGUUUGAAGACCCUAAAUACCAAUGUGUUCUUGAUUUUUUGGAUUGCUCUGUGGAAGUUCUCGCAGAAAUUGAAAAGAUGUCCAAAGUUGAGGCCACCCAAGUGAAAAUAUGUCCACCUUUUCGGGUUUCACGGGAAAUAAGUGAUAAGCUAUUGCAUGAAAUGGAGACCUCUAUUCUUGGAGCUUUGGUGGAAGAGGAGAUUAACAAGAGGCAUCUGCCUGAUACUUUAUUGAUAUGUUCUCUCCUGUCUAACCUACUUUAUGGUUGUUUUUUCACAAGGUUUGUCACAUUUGGGUCAUUAUUUUUCUAUUUUGUCUGCAUUUGGAAUAAUAAAAAUCAGUCCUAUUUUCUACUUGGUAUGAGAGCUCCCGAUCUUGGAGCUCCAUUCCGUUGCACAAUCGCACUAUCGCCGCUGUUCACCACUGCUGCUGUUGUCGUUGCUGGUUGGGGUCUUGAUAGGACAGAAAGAAAAUCUACUUCUGGGUAUUGUGUGUUUCUUGGAGAUAGUCUGGUAACAUGGAGAAGUAAAAAGCAAGAUAGAGUAUCCCGUUCUAGUGCAGAAGCUGAAUUUCGAGCCCUGGCUCAAGGAAUGUGUGAAGGACUCUGGAUGAAAAUCAUUUUGGAUGGUCUUAAAGUCAAAGUGGAGCACCCGAUGCAACUACACUGUGACAAUAAGUCUGCUAUGAGCAUAGCCCAUAAUCCAUCUGAACCCCAAGAUAUGUUACAUAUGAGGAAAAGCCUUUUAAGAGCAACUUUGUGCCAUCUUAAUUGGAAGGGUUGUUCUAUGUUGAAUGAGCAGAUGACUUUUCUCAUUCCUAGUGCUAUAUAUGCACUUUGUAUAGGUUUUGUUCCUUUUACACAAUGCUUUAAAGAAGUUCCUUUGGCUCACAAUUAUUUUGAUGUCACUGAUGCUCAAGAUGAUUCUCAUAAGUUUGAAGACCCUAAAUACCAAUGUGUUCUUGAUUUUUUGGAUUGCUCUGUGGAAGUUCUCGCAGAAAUUGAAAAGAUGUCCAAAGUUGAGGCCACCCAAGUGAAAAUAUGUCCACCUUUUCGGGUUUCACGGGAAAUAAGUGAUAAGCUAUUGCAUGAAAUGGAGACCUCUAUUCUUGGAGCUUUGGUGGAAGAGGAGAUUAACAAGAGGCAUCUGCCUGAUACUUUAUUGAUAUGUUCUCUCCUGUCUAACCUACUUUAUGGUUGUUUUUUCACAAGGAAAAUUAAUGUUUCAUUUUCUUCUAAAUUAAGCCAACACUUGCAAUUGAUGCUUGACAAUGCUGUAAGAAUUAUUCAAGAAGAUAUUGACCUCCAGGCUAUUAGUUGCUUAGGUUGUGAUCCUACUUGUGAUGAUUUAAGUCCUCUUGUUUCUUCCGUGCAUUGUUUUCUUUCAUCCCCUGUAUGUAUCAAAAUGAGGGAUCAGAAUUUGAUGGGCUGUGCCCCAUUUAGUCAGUUAAUCCAAUCUGUGGAGAGACUCUUGAAAGCUUUUGUUAAUCUAUAUGAAAGUUAUUCUCAGCAUCUGAUGAACCUUCAGAAUGAUACAAUCAUACAAGAUAUCGCUGCUACUGAUAGUAUUCAAAGUUCUUUUCCGAGUGACAAAAGUAUGAGCAGGAUUAUGGACAUGGAAUUGGAUGUUAAUGAUGAUUCUAGAGAGGUUGAUUGUUUAGCGGUUGGGAACAAAGUAGGCAGCGAUGUUUCAUCUUCUGCAGAGAAGUGGAAAAUGAGCAUGAUAUCAGUGAUUUCCAGUUUUUUUUCUGCUUCUCUUCUUACCUGGGAUGUCCUCUUUAAGUUAAUGGAGAAAGAAAAUGAUCCUAAGGUGCGUGGGAAAAUAUUGUAUCAUCUCUGUCAACAUCCUCUCUGGUCUUCUUCUGGACAAUUUAUUGAUUUGGUGAAUCUAAUGAAUGAUAUAAUUGUUGAGCAAGUUGGAUUCAAGAUUGCUUGUGAUUCUGUAUUGAUUGCUGCUCAUACUUUACUGAUUAACUUAUCAUCCCUGGAUGCUAUUGGUAAGGAAAAAAGUGGCCUGUAUUUAGCGGAAGUGGAAACUAAACAGUGCUUUCUGUCACUAGGAAAUGUUGUGCAUAAACUUUCCGAGGUUGAUCUUGAUUGGUUUGGACGGGUGAAGCUUAUUGAUUCCAUUUGCAAUCUUGUUUUGCUCGAUCCUCAAAUUGGUCAGACUAUGAUAGAACGCUUACUUCUUAUGCUUAAGGAUAUGGACUAUCGAGUUCGGUUAUUCUUGGCAAGGAGGAUCAGUAUUCUUUUCCAGACAUGGGAUGGUCAUGAAGAGCUCUUUCAGGACAUUUGUUUGAAUUUCGGUGUUCAGAUGGUUGUCUACUCCAAAGGAAAAGUCAUCCAUGCAAAGGAGGUGCUAGGUGCUGGUCCUCAGCCUCAAGCUAUAAUGGAAACUGUUGUGAUUACUCUCAUGCAUCUUGCUUUACACAGUGAGAAAAUUGAGUUAGAGGCUGUUUUCAUGAUAUGUGUGGUUUCGGCCAUUGAUCCUUCUCAUAGGGAAUUAGUCUAUGCAGUACUCGACAAUCUGUCUAGAGAGCUUCAGUAUCUGACUAGAAUGAAGUACUUAGAAGAGCUUUUGGGAUCAAUUCUCUUUUGUUGGGUAGAAUGUGGUGUAAGUUUAGCUGCACUUAUUGAGACAAGACAGCUUUUCUUACCUGAUGUAGAUCCUGGUCAUUUCCUCCAAUAUUGCUGCCCAUGGCUACUUCCUGCUCUUCUUAUCAAUGAAAACAGUUCUGAUCUGAAUUGGGUUGCCAAGGUCGUUUGUCAACCUUUGACAGUCCUUAUAAAAAAUCACUUCACUUCAAUAUUUUCAAUUUCCAUGGCUUUGCAUUGCAGUAAGAAACCGGGAUCAGAGAAGGGAACACUGGUACUUCAGAGUUCCAUUUUGCAUUUUGGUCAGAUAUCUGAGAAAGAUCGUGACAAGCUCAUAAAGAGACAUAUGGUCUCUAUUGUCAGCUGUAUCUUAUCUUUGUGCUCUUGUUCAUUGAAUGCCAUAGUCCCAUAUUUUUCAAAGGAUAUAGUGUCCCUUGAAAUUCGAACAAUUGUUGAUGGAUUUUUGGACUUAGAUGAUAAUCAUGCAAGUGCUUCUGUUGUGGACAAGAUCAACAUUUUUCGCCCAGAUAGGGUUUUCAUGUUUUUGGUAGAAGUUCAUUAUAAAAUUGUAGCAGCAGCUCAUUACAGGCAUAAGUGCCACCGAUUGGCAGGAAUUGAGGUGCUUGUGACUAUUCUCGGUCAGAGAGCUGCUGUUUUAAGCACUUCCAAUUACCUUCUCAACUUGACUGGGUCAUUAAUUGAAUGUCGCCCUUUACAAGACCAAUGUUGUCAAUUACUCAAUGCAUUAUUGGUACAGCUCAAGAGGAAUAUUUCUACAGAUGUGACCAGUAUGCUUGGAGAACAGCUCCAGUUUAUUGUUUCGAAGUUGGUGGCAUGUUGCACUCCUUCUAAAACCCAGGAAUUGUGUGAUAGCUCUGCAUCACAAGCUUUAUCUCUGCUCCAUAUGUUAACCGUGGACUCUGAUUCAUCUAUGUAUGAUUAUGUUAAAGAAUUGGAGCCAUUCCCUGAACUAAAAAUAUUUGAUGAGAUAAGAAAGUUCCACAAGGAAUUAUGCCACACUUAUUCUAUACGUGACCACUUAACAAAGUUUGUGGAGAAGUCUUCCUACCUUCCACCACGGUUGCUUUUAUCAAGUCUCCAGGCAUUCCACAAGAAGUUACUGAAUGAAGAAACACUUCAAAGAAGAGGGAAAGCAGGGGGUUUUUCUGGAGAUGGAUGUUGGCAGGGUGAUGAAGAAAUUGUGCAUGCAGUUUGGAAACUUGUUCACAUGUGUCGUUCUAGUGAUGCAAGUGAAGUUCGAGAAUUAGUUUCAGAUUUCAUUUCUAGGGUUGGCACUGGAGACCCAUACUCUGUUGUAUUCCAUCUUCAUGACAAGACUAGUCAUAUUAGUCUUGGUAAAUCUAUUGAUACCAGCAGUGCAAUAGAAAUCAGUUCUGACAUGGAUGCAUGCUUAUCUGAAGAACAUUUGGUUGUCCUUAUGAAAAUUCUAAUGAAAUAUGUGAUGGAUGACUCUGUGAAAAUUGUUGAUAUGGCAUCACAAACCCUUCGUGGAAUACUUUCAACUAAAAGAGGUCAACAUGCUUUACAGUCGUUCGAUUCGUACCAGAAGUCUCUGAUUGAGGUGCAUUCCAAAGGUGUCAAUGCUGAACUUGUGGAAAAUCUCCUUUUGGACCUAGAUAGGAAGUCAAAAGGUGAAGCAACUUCAUUGGAGAAGUCAACUGUGUGGGUGACAGAUGGUAAAACUUUUGAAAUGUGGAUUUGCCCAUUGGUGUAUUCACUUAUUGCUUACUGCAGUGAUGCGAUACUAAGACUUUGUCAAGAUAUUAUAAUGUUUAAAGGGGAAGUUGCUGAGUUUCUUUUGCCAAGCAUUUUUGUCAAUAUCACUGCAAGGAAGGAUCUGGAGAUCGAUCUUCACAAAUUGAUCAGUAUGCAGUUGACAGAGCAUGUAUUUACAGAGUCAAAUAAGUUGAUGAAAUCGAUUCAAGUGGUUUUGAAUAGUCUUAAUGAACUUCGUAUUCGUUAUGUCAUGGAAAGAUGUUCAUUUGUGCCAUUGAAGCGAGAAGUUUCUAAGAAUUCAAGGCCUUCAAGUUAUAGUUCUAAAACUCGGUCCACUUCUGCAAAGGCAAGAGAAUCUGCAGUUGUUUCAAAUUCCUUGGCAAAAUCACCAUCCUCAUGGGAGAAAGUUUAUUGGCUCUCCAUUGACUAUCUUCUUGUUGCCAAGUUGGCAGCUAGUUGUGGGUCAUAUUUUACUUCAGUUAUGUAUGUGGAAUAUUGGUGUGAAGAGCAAUUUAAAACGUUAACAAUUGGAGGUCCAGAUUUCCCUCAUAAUGAAAUGUUGCCAGAUCAUAUUGAAAUUCUUGUUUCGGCAGUCACUGGAAUCAAUGAACCAGAUAGCUUAUAUGGAAUUCUACAGUCUCCCAAGUUGACUUCUCAAAUAAUCACAUUUGAGCAUGAGGGAAACUGGGGAAAGGCCCUAGAGUAUUAUGACUUGCAAGUGCAGUCACAUACCUCAGUACAGAACGAUGGCAGUUCAAGAGGUCUGGCAUUGAAACAAACAGGAUCAGAACAUCCUUCAUCCUUUGCAUCCAAGACAGAUGGGAUGAGGCAGAGUAGACCUUACAAAGGGUUGAUUAGAUCCUUGCAGCAGAUUGCCUGUGCACACGUGCUUGACAUGUAUUGCCGAGGCUUGACUUCAACCAAGGAUCUGCAUCAGCAUGAUUUGGAGUUUGCUGAGUUGCAAUAUGAAUCUGCCUGGCGCGCUGGGAAGUGGGAUUUCUCUUUACCAUAUGUUGGAACUAAUUUUCCUUUAAUUCCAAAUAUCAAAUGUGAUCAUUUCAAUGGAAAUUUGCACAGUUGUUUAAGGGCACUUGAGGAGGGUGAUCUAACUGAUUUCCAGAGAAAACUAAGAGAUUCAAAGCAGGAGCUUGUGUUAUCUGUUUCUCAUGCAAGUGAAGAGAGCACUGAGUACAUUUACAUGACUAUCAUCAAGCUACAGAUGCUUUAUCAUCUUGACAUGGCUUGGGUUUUACGCUGGAGAACUUGUGAAGAUAAUUCCACAAAGUUUUUCCUGCUGAAGCCAAACAAUUCUUCUGAGCCUGUGAUUCCUUCCAUUGAGCAGUUGUCAUGGCUGGAUAUGGAGUGGUGCUCAAUUUUGCAGAGGACGCAAUUGCAUAUGAACUUGCUAGAACCAUUUAUAGCAUUUCGACGAGUUCUACUUCAAAUUUUAAGCUCUAGAGACUGUGUGAUGCAACAUCUUCUGCAGUCUGCCACCACACUUCGCAAGGGAUGUAGGUUCUCUCAAGCAGCUUCUGCUCUGCAUGAGUUUAAACUCCUUUCUGUUGAAGCCAAAGGGCAAAGCUCAUCAUUAUAUUGGCUUGGACGGCUUGAAGAAGCAAAGCUUUUCCGUGCUCAAGGUCAAAAUGUGAUAGCUAUCAACCUUGCAAUGUAUAUAUCACAGAAUUAUCGCUCUAAUGAGGAGGCUUCUGAAGCAUUUCGGUUGGUUGGGAAGUGGCUGGCAGAAACCAGAUCUAGCAACUCAAGAACAAUUUUGGAGAAGUAUUUGAAACCUGCAGUCUCUAUUGCUGAGAAUGUGAAUGCUACAGCUAAGAAUGCCAUGAAAAGGAAAUGUCAGACUCAUUUUCAUCUUGCACACUAUGCUGAUGCUCUAUUUAGAAGCCAUGAAGAAAGACUUAACUCGAAUGAAUGGCAAGCAGCAAUGCGUUUAAGAAAGCAUAAGACAAUAGAGUUGGAAGCACUCAUAAAAAGGUUAAGGAGUUCAACAAAGGGGGAGAAAAUUGACUACUCAAUUAAAAUCCAAGAAUUGCAAAAGCAAGUAGCAAUGGACAAGGAAGAAGCCCAGAAAUUGCUGGAUGACCGGGACAAUUUUCUUAGCCUCGCAUUGGAGGGAUACAAACAGUGUUUAGUCAUUGGUGACAAGUAUGAUGUGAGAGUGGUGUUUCGCAUUGUUUCCUUGUGGUUCAGUCUCUCCUCACAAAAAGAAGUUGUAAAUAGCAUGCUUAGCACAAUUGAUGAGGUUCAAUCUUUCAAAUUUAUACCUUUAGUAUAUCAAAUUGCCUCUAGAAUGGGUAACACAAAGGAUGGUCACGGACAUCUCAAUUUCCAGUUUGCAUUGGUUUCUCUUGUGAAGAAAAUGGCCAUUGAUCAUCCAUAUCAUACGAUACUUCAACUUUUGGCUCUGGCAAACGGUGACCGUAUCAAGGACAAACAGCGUAGUAAAAGUUCAUUUGUGGUUGAUAUCGACAAAAAGCUUGCAGCAGAAAAUCUUCUAAAUGAGUUGGCAUCUUAUCAUGGAGCUAUCAUUCUACAAACGAAACAGAUGGUGGAGAUUUAUAUCAGACUUGCUGAGAUGGAAACAAAGAGAGAGGAUACCAAUAAAAAGGUGACACUACCUAGGGACUUGCGUAGUCUCCCGAUGCUAGAACUUGUACCUGUAGUGACAGCUACAAUAUCAAUUGAUCAUAGUUGUCAGUAUCAUGAAGGCACUUUUCCUUACUUCAAAGGACUAGCAGAUUCUGUUAUGAUAAUGAAUGGUAUAAAUGCUCCAAAAGUGGUUGAAUGCUUUGGUUCGGAUGGCUGCAGAUAUCGACAACUAGCAAAAUCUGGAAAUGAUGACCUAAGACAGGAUGCUGUAAUGGAGCAAUUCUUUGGUUUAGUCAACACAUUCCUCAGGAACCAUCAAGAUACACGGAAAAGAAGGCUAGGAGUACGGACCUACAAGGUUGUUCCUUUUACUCCAAGCGCUGGUGUUCUUGAGUGGGUUAAUGGAACUCUUCCUCUGGGUGAAUACCUUAUAGGGAGCAUGAGAAAUGGAGGUGCUCAUGGUCGCUAUGGAAUGGGAGAUUGGUCAUUCCUUAAAUGCCGAGAGCACAUGGCAAAUGAGAGGGACAAGCGCAAAGCAUUCCAGGAAGUUUGCAAUAAUUUCAGGCCUGUUAUGCAUUACUUUUUCUUGGAGAGAUUUUUACAGCCAGCUGAGUGGUUUGAAAAGAGACUUGCGUAUUCUCGAAGUGUUGCUGCUAGUUCUAUGGUUGGCUAUAUUGUGGGCCUUGGAGAUCGACACUCGAUGAAUAUUUUGAUUGAUCAGGCGACUGCAGAGGUUGUUCACAUAGAUCUUGGUGUUGCUUUUGAACAAGGCUUGAUGCUUAAAACCCCGGAACGGGUUCCCUUUAGGCUUACAAGAGACAUAAUUGAUGGAAUGGGUGUAACUGGAGUAGAGGGGGUUUUCCGAAGAUGUUGUGAGGAAACACUGUCUGUCAUGCGGACAAACAAAGAAGCACUGCUGACGAUUGUGGAAGUUUUUAUACACGAUCCUCUUUAUAAGUGGGCUUUAUCCCCUCUGAAAGCUUUGCAGCGUCAAAAGGAUUUGGAUGAUGAUUUUGAUACAAGUUUGGAGGAACCACAAAAUGAUUACCAAGGAAAUAAGGAUGCUACACGUGCCCUUCUACGUGUCAAGCAAAAGCUAGAUGGGUAUGAAGAUGGUGAAAUGCGUAGCAUCCAUGGGCAGGUGCAACAACUCAUUCAAGAUGCCAUUGACUCUGAGCGAUUAUGUCAAAUGUUUCCUGGUUGGGGAGCUUGGUUGUAAUUGGUAAUGCCAUUGACUUGACACUCAAUGAUCUUUAGGAGCCGUUAAUCUACUUCGUUGGAUUUCUCCUCGAUUUGUAAAGUGGGACCAGUUUCUGUCCCUAUUCUUUUGUUGUUAAAUUUUGAUGGUGAGUUGUAAA